GAUUCUUCCAUCCUGAGCAGAAGACAUGGCCGGCAGGGUUUCCAGGAAAGUCAUGAAGUUGUGGUCUUCCAGAGGACCCCUGCCAAGUCUGAACCAUUUGGAAAGCCAUCUCCAGCUGUUGAAACAAAGAAAACACUGCAGAAAACAGAGACCAGAUUCUUGCUCUUUGGAGAUGAGACAGAUAAGGGCUGUCGGAUCCAGCUCAACCACGUGGACACGUUACAGGAGUGUGGCUUCAACUCCUCCCUGCCUUUGGUGAUGAUAAUCCACGGGUGGUCGGUGGAUGGCCAGCUGGAAGGCUGGAUCUGGCAGAUGGUGGCGGCGCUGAAGUCCACGCCAUCACGGCCGGUGAACGUGGGGCUGGCCAACUGGAUGUCCCUGGCCCACCACCACUACGCCAUCGCCGUCCGCAACACCCGCCGCGCGGGCCAGGAGGUGGCCGCUCUCCUCCAAUGGCUGGAGGGUUGGAUGCCGCGGGCCCUUUGUUUGAAGGAACGUCCCCCAGUGACCGUCUUUCUCCAGAUGACGCUGAUUUUGUGGACGCCAUUCACACCUUCACCCGGGAGCACAUGGGCCUGAGCGUGGGCAUCAAACAGCCCAUAGCGCACUAUGACUUCUACCCUAAUGGGGGCUCCUUCCAGCCCGGCUGCCACUUCCUAGAGCUCUACAAACACAUCGCCCGGCACGGCUUAAAUGCCAUCACCCAGACCAUCAAAUGCGCCCACGAGCGCUCGGUGCACCUCUUCGUGGACUCCCUGCUGCACGAGGGCAUGCAGAGCACGGCCUACCUGUGCAGCGACAUGGACAGCUUCAGCCAGGGCCUGUGCCUGAGCUGCGGGAAGGGCCGCUGCAACACUCUGGGCUACCAUGUCCGCCAGGAGCGGCACAGAAAGAGCAAGAGGCUCUUCCUCGUGACUCGAGCCCAGUCCCCUUUCAAAGUUUAUCAUUACCAGUUCAAGAUCCAGUUCAUCAACGAAAUUGAGAAACCAGUAGAACCAACUUUUACCAUGUCGCUACUCGGAACCAAAGAGGAAAUGCAGAAGAUCCCCAUCACUCUGGGCGGAGGAAUCACUAGUAAUAAAACCUACUCCUUUCUUAUCACGUUGGAUUCGGACAUCGGCGAGCUGGUCAUGAUCAAGUUCAAGUGGGAAAACAGUGCGGUGUGGGCCAACGUCUGGAACACCGUCCAGACCAUCAUCCCAUGGAGCAUGGGGCCCCACUACUCGGGCCUUGUCCUGACGACCAUCAGAGUCAAAGCAGGAGAGACUCAGCAAAGAAUGACAUUUUGCUCAGAAAACAUGGAUGAUCCACAACUUCACCCAACCCAGGAGAAAAUCUUUGUGAAAUGUAAACUCUAAAAAAUUAAAGUGAAAGAUCAGAUGAGAUUUAAUGAAGAUACAGUGUAAAGAAUAAAUGAAUCUUAUUCCUUA